GCCUUCAGGCUAGCGCGCGACGCAGCUGAGCUUCACAGCGCGUCUCUCACCUCAUUUCCGGAAGGUGGGCGGAGCACGGAGCCAGCAUUUCCGGGAACAGAGCUGGACUCGGGGGGCCAUGAGUUGGAUUCCGUUCAAGAUUGGGCAGCCUAAGAAACAGAUUGUACCCAAGACAGUUGAAAGAGAUUUUGAACGAGAGUAUGGAAAGCUUCAACAGUUGGAAGAUCAGACUAAGAAGCUUCAGAAGGACAUGAAGAAAAGUACAGAUGCAGACCUUGCAAUGUCGAAGUCGGCUGUGAAAAUCUCUUGUGACUUACUGUCCAACCCACUCUGUGAGCAAGACCCUAAAUUUCUGGAGAUGGUGACGGCUUUAGAUACCGCAAUGAAGAGAAUGGAUUCUUUCAACCAAGAGAAGGUGAACCAGAUCCAAAAGACAGUCAUAGAGCCCUUGAAAAAGUUCAGUGGCGUCUUCCCCAGCCUAAACAUGGCAGUGAAGCGGCGUGAACAAGCUCUGCAGGAUUACAAACGGCUGCAAUCCAAGGUGGAGAAGUACGAAGAGAAGGAGAAGACAGGGCCCAUUCUGGCCAAGCUGCAUCAGGCACGAGAAGAACUGAGGCCAGUGAAAGAGGAUUUUGAGGCCAAGAACAAGCAGCUUUUGGAAGAGAUGCCCAAAUUUUACAGCAGUCGGAUUGACUACUUUAAGCCAAGCUUUGAGUCUUUGAUUCGGGCUCAGGUUGUGUAUUACACUGAAAUGUACAAAAUCUUUGGAGACCUGACAGAGCAGAUUGAUGAGCCCGGCCUGACUGAUGAAGAGCGGGAGAAGGAGAACGAAGCCAAGCUGAACGAACUGAGGGCUCUCUCCAUUGUGGCUGAUGAUUGACCUCCAACUGAUACAGCCUUGAAGAUGGCUCAGGCUCAGGCACAGGCCGACUGGCAAUCCCCCCCCCCCCCUCCCCGUUGGUGCUCCAGGGAAAGUGUCACUUCCUGUUCUCCAAAGACUUCGGCCUCUGACUUUUUAACCUCGUGCAAAUAUGCUGUUUUGAUCUGGGUGGAGGGAGGGUACUUGCAGCAGUCUGCAAAGAUAUCCUGAAGUGGAUGUUGAAUACAGCCGCUACUAAUGUUUUUCAACCUAAGGUGCGGGGUUGUAGUCCCUGCAGUGCCCUCACUACUACUAAAGCUAGGAUACCACCACUUCCAAGCGUCGUAAUUAUUGCUGCUUUCUUUCAUGGUGCAUAGAAGAGUUCAUCUCUUGCAGUGGGGAUAUUCAGCUGCUGUAGCUAGAGAAUUUUUUUCUCCUUUAUCCCUUGGUCUUAGUAAGCUAACCACAGUCAAACCAGGAUUGAGCUGUUGUGCCUUUAAAUGAGACUCAGUACACAGUGGCAUUUCACUAAGAAGGGAGGAACUGCUAGGUUUGGCUAUCUGCACAGACUAGAAGGACACAGAAAACAGCAUCUGUUUGGUACUGUAUGUUAAAUAUACUGUUGAAUAUACUGUCGAGUUUGUCAGUGUGUGAUAACUGUGGCCCUCGCAAGGAGGCUCAGAAGCAGAGACAAAGCAACCCAGAAAGUUCCUUGUGAUCUCAGAGCAGCAGCACUAAAACUGAAACUACACAAAUGACCAGUGGACCCCCAGUACAGGUAAAUAGGCAGGGUUCCCCCCACCCCGUGCCUCUAUGACCUGCGUUUAAUGCAUAAAAGACUGCACAUCUUGCACAUGGGGGAAGGUUUAAGCUCAGGAGAGAAAAUGGCAAAGAUAUACUGUUUCUGAGAGAAGCUACCCUAAAAACAGGGCCCGACUGGUGUCUUCGCUUCCACUUCCCCAGCCAAAAGGCAGCUACCCAAGCCCAAGUGCUUUAUAUUCUGGCAGACCUCCCCAAACUCUUUUUAGGAUUUAAUCAAAUGUGAGUCGAGUAGCGAGAUGACUGUGCUAUCGUUUUGUUUCUGUAAUCUGUAUCUAAUUCUAUUUUUGGAUAAAAAAACCCCUCAAACUAAA